UCUUUCCUAUACUGUGAUUGUGCUGAUCUAAAAAAUGGCGGCGAUAGCAGAAUGGAGUACCGUCCAUCCGCGUCUCUCUGAUUUUAACACUCUAGUAGAUAUGUGCUGAUAUGUCAUGAUGUGUUCAAAAUGAUACACGAUGGUGUAAUUCUGCUUUUUCUUGCUUAUAUUGUCGUGCCAUUUGCCGUCAAAUUACAGGCUAAAAUGUGCUGAAAUCAUAAAGUUGUGGCAACUUGAACGUUAUAUUUCCAACGACGGGGAUUGUAACCUAGAAUAACAAAAUUAAUAAAAACAAAAGUUGCACAUUUGUAUAAAUUUUUAUUGUUAAUUUUUGCGACAAUGAAGAAACAAAAUGUCCUAUUUCUUUACAGCGUUAUCAUUAUUCUUCAAAAUAUUUAUGGUCUUCAUAGGAACUUGAGAUAUUAUGAAACAAUUCAUAAUACUGAUCUUCAACAUAGGAUUGUAAAGCGAGGUGUUCACCAUAGUUACCAUCCAUACAAUAAAAUAAGUGAAUUGGAAUUUUAUUCGCAUAGACGACAUUUUCGAUUAAUUUUGACACCCAGAAGAGAAGUCAUACAUUCUAAUUUUAAGGCUUAUGAAGUCAAUGCUGACGGCAAAGAGAAAACUAUACACUUAGACCAUGACAAUUUCUACCAUGGUCGAGUAUUUGGAGAAAUUGACUCUCACGCGCAAAUGCACAUCGACGAUGGUGUUAUAACAGGUAGCAUAACAAUCUUGGAUGAAACCUUUCAUAUUGAACCAUCUUGGAGGCAUCUUCCACAUUUGGAUAAUCAGACAAUGAUUAUCUACAAAUCUUCCGAUGUUAAAUUGAGUUGGGAACACUAUGAAAAUGGAGAAGGUCACACGCACGGAGCUCCAAAAACCUGUGGUUACGUCAAAGAAGAUUUAAACUAUACGCUGAACGACGGAGAAGGGCCCAAUGAUAAUAAUAUAAAAAUUAAUGAUAAAAGCAAUAGCAGGAUGAAAAGACAGACGGAAACUUAUGAAUAUACGCCAACGAAGACGAGAUGUCCUUUAUUAUUAGUAGCUGAUUAUCGGUUUUAUCAAGAAAUGGGUGGCAGCAGUACUAAAACUACAAUUAAUUAUUUGAUAAGUUUAAUCGAUAGAGUACACAAGAUCUACAAUGAUACUAUGUGGCAAGAACGUCAAGAGCAAGACGGUUUUAAAGGGAUGGGCUUUGUUAUCAAGAAGAUUGUUGUUCACACUGAACCGACACGAGUAAGAGGUGGCGAAACGCACUACAAUAUGGUCCGCGAGAAGUGGGACGUCCGCACUCUGCUUGAGGUUUUUAGUCGAGAAUACAGUCACAAGGAUUUCUGUUUGGCCCAUCUGUUUACCGAUCUCAAGUUUGAAGGCGGUAUUCUCGGAUUGGCGUAUGUGGGAUCUCCUCGUAGAAAUUCAGUAGGCGGCAUCUGCACACCAGAAUAUUUUAAGAAUGGAUAUACAUUGUACUUGAACUCGGGAUUAAGUUCCAGUAGAAAUCAUUAUGGGCAGAGAGUAAUUACGAGGGAAGCCGAUUUGGUUACGGCGCAUGAAUUUGGUCAUAAUUGGGGUUCCGAACAUGAUCCGGACAUUACAGAAUGUAGUCCAAGUGCAAGUCAAGGUGGAUCUUACUUAAUGUACACUUACAGCGUUAGCGGUUAUGAUGUAAAUAACAAGAGAUUUUCGCCAUGCAGUUUGCGAUCUAUCAGGAAGGUCUUGCAAGCCAAAUCUGGACGUUGCUUCUCAGAGCCGGAAGAAUCAUUCUGUGGAAAUUUGAGAGUCGAGGGGGAUGAGGAAUGCGAUGCAGGCCUUUUAGGAACGGAAGAUAGUGACCAAUGUUGCGACAAAAAUUGCAAACUUCGUUCAAAAGCAGUUUGUAGUGAUAAGAAUUCUCCCUGCUGCCAGUUUUGCAUAUACAUGCCUGCGGGCGUGAAAUGUCGUGACGCGCAAUACGCCACUUGCGAGCAGGAAUCGCGCUGUACCGGAGCAUCCAGUGAAUGUCCAAGAUCUCCUUCUAUGAAGGAUGGCACUGGUUGCCUUGAACGUGGACAGUGUCGUGGGGGCAAAUGCGUACCGUACUGCGAGACCCAAAAUUUACAAAGCUGCAUGUGCGAUACAAUUGGCGAUGCGUGCAAAAGGUGCUGUAGAAUGAGUCUGAACGAAACAUGCUUCCCGAUAGACCCGCAAGACAUUUUGCCCGAUGGGACGCCAUGCAUUCAAGGCUUUUGCAACAAGGGCGUGUGUGAGAAGACUAUUCAAGACGUAGUGGAACGGUUUUGGGAUAUCAUCGAGGAUAUAAAUAUCAAUAAGGUCAUGCGUUUUCUAAAGGAUAACAUAGUAGGCACUGUAAUAAUCAUCACUGCUAUCAUAUGGGUACCAGCAAGUUGCAUCAUCAGUUACAUCGAUCACAGGCGCAUCAAAGAAAGCGAGAAAAAGUGGCGGUGGAAGCACACGGACGAUCUCAUUCACCCGGACGAGCAGAGACAAGUGAUUUACGUUGGCGGUCAACGACAAAGAGUACAUGUUAUGCAUCAAUCAUAAAUCUUUAAUGCACAGUACUCGCAUGGCAUUUGUACUUGAAUAUCUAGUCAGAAGGACGAGCAGCUUGCUUUCGUUAUGAAAAACGUCAUAAACAUCGGAAGCGUAUCAUAAAGAACGUAAACUUUUGUAACGUUAGAAGAAGAGAGAACAUUUUAACAGAGAAUAUCUUUAUUCUACUAGACAUGUGAUUAAAUUUAUUUAAACAAAUACUGAGCACUUUUUACGUACAAUAUUAUUCUGUAAAAAAGACUUUAAUCAUCAGCGGCUAGAAAGUUGAUCUGACUAUUACAACCGCCGAUUAAUCGGUAUUAAUAAUACUUUCAUAAUACUUAUGUACAUUCUAUGUUUUCUGAUCAAAUAAAUCUAGUUAUAUCACAGA